GUGAAACAGCGGAGCGACGGCGCCGGUCGACGGAAUCCUCCGACGAAGCUAAAAGUUGCAGGUGCAAUUGUAAUCAGCCAAAGUGAAGAGCAUAACUCUCCCUCCCGUUUGCUGUUUGGAGAUUAAACGAUGUCGUUUUCCGAUUCAGCUUCUGACAGUUUUCGAAUUUUUCAUAAAUUAUCCAUAACUGUGAGGUUAGAAAACGAUUGCGAAAUUCACAAAAUCCACAAUACAAAAUCUCUUAAAAUUUCUUUCACACAAAUUCUCCUCCUGAGAUCGCUUCCAACCAGAAAAUUUCAAUGCAGUAUGCAGGUUUAUGUCACCGACCAUGUUUUGGAGCGAUCAGAAUCCGGAACUGUUCAUCGGAGGUGGAUCUCCGGCGCCGCCAAGUUCUUGAGCAAUUGGACGGAGAGCUAGCCAAAGGUGACGAUCGAGCCGCUUUGUCUAUCCUUAAGGAAUGGCAGGGCAAGCAUGGUGGCCUUCGAUGCUUCGGAGCUGCUCGUCAGAUUCCAAAGAGAAUUUACACAUUGGACGAGCUAAAGCUGAAUGGAAUUGAAGCUUCAUCUCUUUUAUCACCAUUGGAUGCAACCCUUGGAUCGAUUGAAAGAAAUAUUCAAGCGGCUGCUGCUUUGGUUGGUGUUUGUGCUUGGAAUGUGUUUCACAUUACUCCGCAACACCUGUUCUACCUUUCGGUCGGAUUCCUAUUUCUCUGGACCUUGGAUUCGGUGGGUUUGAAUGGAGGAGUUGGAAGCUUAGUUCUUGAUACAAUUGGUCACACUUUCAGUCAAAAGUACCACAACAGAGUUAUUCAACAUGAAGCUGGGCAUUUCUUGAUCGCCUACUUGCUCGGAGUUGUUCCGAAGGGCUAUACGUUGUCGAGUUUGGAAGCAUUGCAAAAGGAAGGAUCUCUGAAUCUUCAAGCCGGCACUGCUUUCGUUGAUUUUGAAUUCCUUGAAGAAGUCAUUGCAGGAAAAGUUUCUGGAACGAUGUUGAACAGAUUCUCAUGCAUAGCACUUGCUGGUGUGGCUACAGAGUAUCUUCUAUAUGGAUGUGCAGAGGGAGGCCUUGCUGACAUUAACAAGUUGGAUUUGUUGCUGAAAGGGCUAGGGUUUACACAGAAGAAGGCAGAUUCCCAAGUAAGAUGGGCAGUUCUAAACACUGUUCUGAUAUUGCGCCGCCAUGAAAGUGCUAGAGCUAAGCUUGCAGAUGCUAUGUCUUCUGGAAAAUCUGUAGGGAAUUGUAUUGACAUUAUUGAGAAAAGUAUUGAUUUUGAUGAUAUCUAAAUGAAAUCACACGUUUUACUUGUA